AUGUUGGCUCCCAUCGGGUUGGUAUUUGGAGCACUGUACCUCACGUACUUUGUGCUCCAGUACAUCCAGCGGCUCUACCAACAGCGCAAGUUUGCCAAAGCGCGUCAAUGUCUGCCUCCCCGUGAAGGUGCAGCCGGGCUCUUCGGCAUCACCCCAUUCAUUCGACUGGCCAAAGCCGUCAGGGAGAAGCGUUGGGUUGAGUAUAUCGCCGACCAGUAUAGCAUCAACGGGACCACCUUCUCCCAGGCUAUGCUGGGCCAGCGCAUGAUCUCCACCAUCGACCCAGAGAAUCUCAAGGCUAUCUUGGCCACGCAAUUCAACGACUUUAGCUUGGGUACUCGGCAUCGGGAGUUCUACCCGUUAUUGGGAGAUGGAAUCUUCACCCUGGAUGGCGCAGGAUGGUCUCAUGCGCGAGGGCUGUUGCGGCCCCAGUUCACUCGCGAUCAGGUCGCGGACUUGGAUCUAAUGAACGGCCAUGUCUCCCGUUUGAUUGAGCUCGUCCCGAAAGACCGGUCGACCUUUGAUAUUCAGCACCUCUUCUUCCUUUUGACCAUCGACUCCGCCACGCACUUCCUCUUCGGAGAAUCCGUCAACUCCAUGGGCAGCGGCGUACUGGAGAAAUCUGCCGUCGGUGGAGCCCAGGGAUUCGCCGAGGCAUUCAACACCGCUCAAGACUAUCUGGCCUCUCGUUCGAGGGCGAUGAAAUUCUACUGGAUGGUCAACCCGAAGGAGUUCAAGGACGCCACCGCCCGCGUCCACGAAGUGGUCGAUCACUACGUGCGGCUCGCAAUUGAAAGCAAGAACCACCCCGAGCGUAAGGAGGCGGGCCGAUACAUCUUCGCCGAGGCCCUGGCUGCGGAUAACGACGACCCGAAGGUGCUCCGAGACAAUAUGCUCAACAUCCUCCUUGCCGGUCGUGACACUACUGCUAGUCUCCUCAGCUCGACGUUCUUCUUCCUCGCGCGCAGUCCCAAGGUGUGGAACCGUCUGCGUGAGACAAUCAUCAAUGAAUUCGGAGACAGCCAGAACCCAAAGAGCGAAAUCACCCAUACCAAGCUGAAGGACAUCCCGUACUUGCGCUACGUGCUGAACGAGGUCCUCCGUCUUAUGCCACCGGUCCCCCUGAACUUCCGCACCGCAACCAAGGACACCUCUCUCCCCGUGGGUGGUGGCCCCGAUGGAAGGUCUCCUGUGUUCGUGCCCAAGGGGACUACCGUCACCUACAGCGUCUACGCUAUGCACCGACGGCCCGACUUCUACGGACCGGACCCGAACGAGUUCCGUCCGGAACGCUGGGAGGAGAACGGACGCCGCGGGUGGGAUUACCUUCCAUUCAACGGAGGGCCACGCAUUUGCCUUGGCCAACAAUAUGCCCUCACAGAGGCCAGCUACACGCUGGUGAAGCUGCUCCAGCACUUUGAUACCCUUGAGAAUGCCGACCCCACAUUGCUGCGGCCGGUGAUCCAGUCGAACCUGACCAUGUCGCACGAGACGGGUGUCAAUGUCCGGCUGUAUCGGGCGGGAACUGCGUAA